AUGCUUUACAACUCUAUAUUAACACCAGAACUCUGUGAUGAUCAAAACAUCUCUAGUUAUCUUUCAAUCAUCAUAGCCAAACUAAUUUCAUUCGAUAUUACUUUCAAUUUAUCAGUAGACUAUUACAAUACAAUUUAUGAAUUACUUUUUAGUGAUUCAACUUCAGAUUCUGCAAAAACAACAAUAAUCAGAACGAUUUCCAAUGUUUUUAGAGAACCUAGAUUAAAAUCACUAUUACUUAUGAAAGAUAGAGGAGCAUUCCUUUCCGAAUCAGUCCUUAAAAUUCUCCAAAAUUUCACAAAUUCUCCACAAUUUUUUUUAUCCAUCUUCGAACUGAUACAAUCGAUAUGUAGCCGUGUUAAAAACAGGCAGAUAUGGCGUACAGCAAACUUUAUUGGGCUUUCAAUACAAUAUUUCAGUCAAAUUAUUCCAGAUUCAGAUUCAGACUUAAUUAAAGCCAUGUUCUAUUCAUUUUCAUCAUUUUUCAAAGUGAACUACAAUACAAUUGCAGAAACCGAAAGUUUACAACAACAAUUACUCGAAAUUUCACAAAUUCACAUUAAUUCGGCAAAUCCAAUUUCUGUUCAACAAGUAAUGAGAUUUUACAGGAAGACAGCUAAAUACGAACUCGUUUUACCAUCUCUUGUCGUUGUUCGAAUCAAAGAGACUUUAAUUUCGAAAUUUGGCUCAGAUUUCAUCACUCCUGUUAUAAACAACCUCGACGGACUUAGCGAUAACGAUCAAAAUAUUGAAUUCAUGUCAAAUGAAGACAUUUCAAUAUCAACCGAAGCUUUUGAGAUAUUAAACAAUUUUUCAAAUUUAAUUCCAGAUUUAGUAUACGAGCAAGUUGAUUAUUUCAACGAAUGCUUAGAGUCUGAUGACUGGAGAAUCAUUUGCAAAGGGUUGUUGGGCAUAAUGGCCGCAUUUACGACGAGAAAACCCGAAAUCCGAGAAAUCUUCGAAAAUCUUAUGGCUCCAAACUCAUCAGGACAGAACAUUUUGCUUCAAUUCAUGAACUCCGAUAUCAUAAGAGUACGAUCCAUCACUACAAAGCUCUUGAAAUUCGCAAUUAAAAAUAUUGGCUCAACAUAUUUUUUGGAACCAGACUCAGACGGCCUUGUUUCCAUCAUAAAACAACUCAUAGUAGGUGGAAUACAACAGGAAGACCCAGAUUUCCUACUUUCAAGCUUAAGUUUGAUGAAAUCUUUUGCAAAAAUCUUUAGUAGAAGGAUAGCAGCGUUUUUAAACAAGACAUCAGACAUAUUCGGACAAGUUUCCGAUCUAAUAAUCAAUAAUUUUCUUAAGUAUCAUGACGAUAUUAAUAUGAUCAACGCCUUAAAGGGUUCCUACGAGGAUUUAGUAAUUUCUUUGUCAUACGAGCUGUUUAAUGUGAAGAUUGAAUACAGUUUGAAGUUCCUAGAAGUACUUCAAUCCACUUUUGAUGAAUCUUCCGACACAUUUAAAGCUUCUCUGAUCGAAAUCAUAGGUUUCUUGAUACAUAAAUACCAAAUACCACGUGAUUUCGCCAUCCAGCUCUGGGAUUAUAUGUAUUCUUUGUUCACUUUUACUCCAGAAGGCGAAAGUUGGUCGAUGAAUGAUGUGGCAAGUUCGUCACUUUUUGUCAUGGAAUUAUUACUUGAAUUAAAUUACGACGAGAUCAGGGAUAGAGCAGGGGACCUUCCUUUGAAGAUACUAGAAGAGAUACCGCAUGAUAUUUCAGCAAACAAUUAUGAAUAUUGUUUCUUUUUCCUUGAAUCUUAUUUCAAACUUCCAAAUUUAAAUUUGGGAGAUUAUUAUAAUGUUUUUAUGGAGAAUUUGUUGGAUAUAGCAAGCAAUUGUUACGAUCAACCAGUUCUUCCAUACAUAUUCCGUGCAAUUGCUGCACUUGUCUUAGUUUCAAUGCUAUCCGCAUUAAAUUAUUACGACCAACUCAUUUCAAUACCCCAGAAAUUCAGUGAGAUCGAGUUUGACACAAAUGAGAGUACACAAGUGAAGAAUAUGAGAGAAAUAAUGGCCCAACUUUUAUCUCUUAAUUUUUCUUUGGCAAAGAUGUUAUCUGUGACAGAUAACAUUACAUUAUUGGAACAGAACGCAACACAAAGGAUAAUCUUCUAUCCAACAGUUGCAAUUCCAAUGGAUUCCAUGAAUUAUAAUCUUGCAAACGCAAUUCUUUUGUUUAUUGAUAAUAUGGCAACACUUGAUAAACAAAAGCUCAGCCAUAACUUUAGAAGUAACUUUAAUAAGAAGGAAAUCAAAGAAACUCUAGAAUGGAUUAAUAAGAAUUAUCCAAAUGAUAGAACACUUUGCACAGUAGUAGAACGCACUAAAACAACUAUAGAAAACAUGUAG